AUGUCUUUCUUCGGCAAGCUCAAAGGAAACGCAACACCAGCGAGUCCGACCACCGGCAGUGCCCCUCCAAAGAAAGAUGCCACCGCCCCCCAACCAACCCCACUAGAGAAGCACCUGGCCGAUCUGGCUGGCCCUGUACGGCCGGAUGGUAGCGACAAGUUCUUUGGUUUCGAAAAUUACGGAAGCACAUGCUAUGCGAACUCGAUCAUACAAUGUCUCUACUAUUCGACAACCUUCCGCGAGAAUGUCCUCAACUUUCCUCCACUUCCGCCGUCGCCCGAGCCUUCAGAGACAGAUGCAGACAGGAGCAUGAGCCUACAGAAUGGCCUACCUUCUCCGGGAAACCACCUGCUAACUGCAGCGACCAACAACCUCACAUCCAGCUCGCCUGCGAGAAGGCCUAUCAUUCUACCAAACUCGCCCGAAGCACAAACGACCAAACCUGAUGACAAGGACUCUCCGGACUACAAGAAAAAGGUGGCUAUGAAGUCGGGUCCCGUCUUGGAGAUGCAAAUGAGCAACUCCAACGCAUACGGCAUGUCCGAGUCUCUCUUUACCUCGUUGAAGGACAUAUUCGAGUCCAUCAUUGGUCACCAGUCACGCACAGGAAUCAUCAGUCCCCUCAAGUUUCUCGAGAUUCUGAGAAAGGAAAACGAGAUGUUCCGCUCUGCCAUGCAUCAAGACGCCCACGAGUUCUUGAAUCUGCUGUUGAAUCAAGUCGUUGACAAUGUAGAGAUGUACUCGAAGAUGCUGCCAGCCAUCAACGGAACCCUCAACGGCAACGGCCAUGCAGAACCGAGCAUGGCAGGCGCCAUGUCCGCUAUGGCGAAAGCUCAUAAUACUGCUGGCAUGAGUGGCGCUGGCUGGGUACACGACCUUUUCGAGGGCCUUCUCACUUCAGAAACACGUUGCUUGAGCUGCGAGAAUACGUCACAAAGAGAUGAGGCCUUCAUGGACUUGUCUGUCGACCUCGAGGCACACUCUUCGGUGACGGCUUGUCUGCGGAAAUUUUCCGAGGAGGAGAUGUUGUGCGAACGGAACAAAUUCCACUGCGACAACUGCGGUGGCUUGCAGGAAGCCGAGAAGAGAAUGAAGAUCAAACGACUACCACGCAUUCUGGCACUCCACCUAAAACGAUUCAAGUACACUGAGGACCUCCAGCGACUCCAAAAGCUUUUCCAUCGUGUUGUAUACCCUUAUCAUUUGCGACUUUUUAAUACCACCGACGACGCAGAGGACCCAGACCGACUUUACGAACUUUACGCUGUUGUUGUGCAUAUCGGUGGUGGCCCAUACCAUGGACAUUAUGUGUCUAUAAUCAAGACCCAGGAUCGUGGGUGGCUGAUGUUUGACGACGAGUUGGUUGAACCUGUCGAUAAGAGCUUCGUCAGGAACUUCUUCGGUGGUGAGCCAAAGCCUGGAGUUCAGGACGCCAGACAGCUUGCUUGCGCCUACGUUCUUUUCUAUCAGGAAACGACUCUGGAAGCCAUGCAACGAGAACAGGAACAGGAGGCAAGACAGGCUGCAGCUGCCGCAAGCAUGCCGAACAGAGAUUCGGUCUCGAGGGAGACCCAUCAAGGUGGUUUGAUGAUCAACGGUCUACGCAACACACACACUGUACAGUCACCGAUUGAAGAAGAGCCCAACGCCUUUGCCAAUCUUGCUCACGCCUCUACUGCUCCUGCCCUGUCUCAGCAACGAUCGACCUUCAGCAGUCUGUCCACAUCGCCUUUCCUCGGAUCCGGCUUCGGAUCUCUCGACAAGAAGGCGGCAAAACAAGCGGAAAAAGAACGCAAGGCACAAGAGAAGGAAGCUAGGAAGCUGGCAGAUGCUAAGAGGAAGGAGGCGGCCGAAGCCACAAGAAAUGCCUGGAAGAAACAGAAUGAGGACUAUCUGGCAGCGAUCGAGCUCAGCAAGCAAACAGCUGCGGAAGAGGCAACUCGCUCAGGAAACACGGCUUCGGAUACACCAGCACCUUCAGCGCCAACAACUAGUUCUGCAGCAGAUGGAAAAGACCGACCAGGACUCAGCAGAUUCAGACACAGCUCGAUGAGUCUGCGGCAGAAACCAAAGUUCUGGGCGUCAGGCAAAGAGAAGGAAGCAGGCAGCCCCAUGCCGACACAAGCUGAAGAGCCGAGCAGCACAGGUGGAGGAGAAAAGGAGAUCAAGAAGAACCGGUUCAGUCUGAGUAGAAAGAAGUCGACGGUGCUUUGA